AUGAAGGCUGAUUUCAUAGAGGUGAAAGGCGCCACCUACGCUGGAUGGGAUCGGGAUGCUACGGGACUGACGAUGGCCAACUGUCCGUAUUUCGAUGAUAUCAUCAAUUUCGCACAGAAAAUAGAAUGCGAGUUCGGUGGGCAGUAUGCCCUGUCGGCCGUGCAUGAGCACAGCUGUAGUGCACUGUUGGUCCGACGAGGGCUGCAGGAAGCGGUAUGGAUCGACUUUGAUAAAUUCAAUGAGUUUGUUGUUGAUCAUUACGAUAAGGAGGAGUCGUCGUUGUUGAUGCGAGUGCCGUUCAGCGAGUAUUCCCGAGCCCUUCCUGACUGGGCCCAGUCGACCUCUGCAAGUCUGGGCAUGGACCCUCGUCACACGCGUGUAACUGAGCUCACUGUGGAGCAGUUGGAAGCUAGGGAGAACGCUAAAGCGGCGUUACGACGUUUCUGA